AUGGCAGCUCAGGAGCCCGCGUAUGUCGCCAUCGCCCAGCGUAAACAAGCUGCCUUGUUGGCUGCCAUUCCCGCUGAAUGGCGGUUGCCGGCGCAUCUCAUCCCGGCAGGGAUGCUUUCACCCGCUGAGUCGAUCACCGAGGGACCCAACCGUUACGGGAGAGUCAACGUGACGGAGAUCCCGCGCACUUGCGGCAUACUCACCCCAAAGGAGCUAGAGAUCACGGAGAAGUAUGAUGUGCGUGGGUUAGUUUCGGCCAUGACUGGAGGCAAAUUGAAGGCUGAGGAUGUUAUCCGGGGGUUCUGCAAGAGAGCUGCAAUUGCCCAUCAACUCACCCGCUGCCUUACCGAGCCCCUCUUUGACCGAGCUUUGCGCCAAGCAAAGGAACUAGACGACCAUCUCCAGCGAACCGGCACUCCCGUCGGUCCUCUGCACGGCCUCCCCGUCUCGGUGAAAGACACAUUCUGCGUCGAAGGAGUGGACUCGAGUAUCGGGCUUUCUGCCCUCGCAUUCAAGCCCGCCCGCAAGAAUGCCGCCUUGGUCGAUUUGCUCCAGUCCCUCGGCGCCGUGAUCAUCGCCAAGACGAAUGUCCCACAAACGCUCGCAACGCUCGACAGCUGCAACCAUCUCUUUGUACCGGGGGAGGGCGCGCUGCUUGCAAUGAACGGGUCCAUGGUUGGGUUUGGCACUGAUAUCGGUGGCAGCAUCCGCAUCCCCGCGAUGUGCCAGGGCCUCUAUGGAUUCAAGUCGAGCGAAGGGCGUGUGCCGUACGGUGGCCAGGAAGGUGGGCAGAUUGAAGGCAAGGGCCGGAUCUCCCUGCAGCCUGUAGCUGGUCCGUUGGCACGCUCGGUGGCGGACAUUGCUGCCGUCAUGGCCGAGAUAGUGCCGCGUGCGGAGCUCGUCGGAGAAGAUUGCAUUCCGGGAUACUGGCCCAGCCCCUCGGUACCAGCUUCUCUUGCAGUUCCGCGCAAUUUCACCGUCGGUAUACUCAAGACGGAUGGUGUGGUCACUCCCUUGCCGCCAAUUACCCGCAUCCUCGAAGAAGUGGCUAACCACUUGCGUCGGACACCUGGCGUAGAGGUUGUGGAUAUCCCGCUCCCUCCGGCUCUACCAAAGUGCCAGGGCCUCGCGGGCCGUCUCAUGGGUGUUGACGGCGGGGCCCACAUGCUCGACCUAAUCGAGGGCCAGGGCGAGUCCUUGAUGCCAUGGCUCCAGGGUCGCAUGAAGCGCGGCCCGGCUCUGACUAUCGAUCAGCUGGCGAAGCUGCAGGCCCAGCGCACCCAGAUCGAAAGGGAGAUGAUGCAGAUGUGGACUCAUUCUUCAUCAUCAAGCAGUCGCCAGGUUGAUGCGAUUGUCUGUCCUAUCGCGCCGCAUCCUGUUCCACAGAUAGAUCGAUAUAACGCUGUUGGAUAUACCUCAGCAUUCGUAUUGCUGGAUUAUCCUGCUGGCGUUAUCCCUGUACGGCCUUUCGUAGAAUCGGAUCUUGAGCUUGGGCGGGAGAUGAAUGAUCCUGUGCUGGGAAGCUGGGACCAGGCUAAUCGACAACUGUGGAAUGAGAAAACUGUGGACCGCCGUGUAUAUCUCGACUCGCCGCUGAGUGUGCAGGUUGUGACGCCAAAGCAGCGUGACUAUGAGCUCUUCCAGGCCAUGGAGAUUAUUGACCGAGCAGUUCAGGGCCGCGUGGGACAAACUACAUCGAAGCUGUGA